AUGCUCAUCUUGGUGAGUUCGAAUAGAGGCCCCCCUCCCUCAGCCCUAUUUCCCCGAGUCAUCACUCUCUCGCUUCCUUCAAGGGUCGAGGAAGGAAGACUGACGUUCUUCUUAAUCGCAAUUCACAGGUGAGACCGCCGCCCAGCAAGCAGAGCAACCCAUUGAACCUGCAGAUCCAGCUGGUCACUCCGCUCACCCAGUCAGGCUCAGGCUCGCGUGUUUCUGGCGAGCUGUCGCGGGAAGACUCUGUCAUGUCUGGCGUCAGCAGCAAUGGUCAGCCUGGCACUCCGUCGUCGAGUCACGGGGUGCGAAGGAGUAACUCGAUGUCAUCGCAGCGUUCAGGCAGAUCCGAGGUUUCCAGUGGCGGCAUGUCCACCUCAUCUUCCACGGGAGCCAGUCGCCGUGUGACUCCGCUAUACAAUCUGUUCUUCCACUCUUUGCUUCCCACCACUGUCAGCGACGCAGGCAACGAUCAGAAGAUCGCUAAAUUCGGCCGCAAGGGCGUCGAGAUCGAUGGGUUUGGACAGCUAGAACCAAGGGAGCUGAUUCCUGGAGUGAGCGACAUGCGCAGAGGCAGCGGUCCUCUUAGCACACUGGGCAGCGACGUCUCCCCUCCGCAAGGGACAGGAUCCGACGUAG